CCACAUGUGAGGAUCAGAGGAACGUUUGCUUUACUAACUAUCCUAGCAACACUGCUUUCCGAGGCUUUGGAGGUCCGCAAGGCAUGCUUAUAACCGAAAACUGGAUCCAGAGAAUCGCAGCUGAACUUAAUAGAAGCCCUGAAGAAAUCAUAAUGUUCCUGAAAGUUCAUAGGAAUUAUUUCUCAUGUUUUGAUGCUUUCUUGGGUGUUACUUUAGGAGAUGAACUUUCAAGUGGAAGGCUCUAUCACACAUUACUCUCAGUGUAUUCAGCAUUGCACACUGCAUCAGCUCUGGAAGGAGCUGAAAGUGUCUUGCAACUUUCUAAAGGCUCGUAGAGAUGUCGACGAGUUUAAUAGCCACAACCGGUGGAAAAAGCGUGGUGUGGCUAUGGUUCCCACAAAGUUUGGCGUAUCAUUUACCAAAACGUUCAUGAACCAGGCAGGUGCUCUUGUGUAUGUGUACACAGACGGUACUGUUUUGGUGACACAUAGAGGUGUAGAGAUGGGUCAAGGAUUGCAUACAAAGGUUUCUCAAGUUGCUGCUUAUGCCUUUAACAUUCCCCUUAGUUCCGUUUUUGUAUCAGAGACGAGCACCGACAAGAUUAAAGCACGAAUGGAGCCUCUUGCCACUAAGCUCAGUGGCAACUCCUUGGCUGAGCUGGCAAGUGCAUGCUAUUUUCAACGAAUAGACCUCUCUGCUCAUGGCUUUUACAUUGUUCCCGAUGUUGGCUUUGACUGGAUCUCCGGUAAAGGAAACCCAUUCAGAUAUUACACCUACGGAGCUGCAUUUGCGGAAGUUGAGAUCGAUACAUUAACCGGUGACUUUCACACAAAAACGGUCGAUAUAAAGUUGGACCUGGGAUAUUCUCUUAACCCAGCCAUAGAUAUUGGACAAAUAGAAGGAGCAUUCGUACAAGGGUUAGGUUGGGUAGCUCUAGAAGAAGUGAAAUGGGGAGAUGCAUCUCAUAAAUGGAUUAAACCAGGGAAUCUACUCACUUGUGGACCUGGUAACUACAAGAUACCUUCCUGUUCGAAAUCCCUCCAGACUGGCACAAGAUAUCUCCAUCAAAAUUGCCUACACAAAAAAAAAAAGAUAAGUCUCCUUUUCAAUAUUUGGUCAAUUAUCCAUUACCACUAAAUAAUACUUCACACUUUGUGCAAGUCGUGGAUUCUUGAUUAAUUAUUUAUCAAUUAUUCAUUCGCUGAGUCAAUGUUAUAAAUUAUUGUAUACUUUGAACGAUUGUUCCCAUAGAUAAUUGACAAGCUACCUUGCAUAACUCUCCAAAGCAUUAUUAAAUAGUUUCUUACGAAUUAUUUUCAACUUCUAAUGUCUUUGUUUAAUAGAAUGGAGCGUAAUUUCACGGUGAACUAAGGGCUAGGCCAUACCAGUCAGCUCGGAAGCUUACAGACCCUGCUCAUUUCUGGCUCUCGUCUGAUAAACGAGCUUGAUCACUGCAUCACACAAGCUCGCCACACUGACGGGAUAGUACAAGCUCCUCGUCUUCGUUAAAGACGAAACCGAGUGACAGGAAGUUCUUGCCUCAUCUUUAAGACGAGACCGCUGUAGCAAGUGCUGUCUCUUCUUCAUCCCGAGAUCGCUGUAUCCCAAGAAGCCCAAGGACAGCUCUGGCCUUUGCUUUCACACAGCAAAGGGAAUCGGUCGCAUCUUUCUACCCGACAAAGGCUUUAACCUUGGCAUGAGCGUGAGAAUAGGAGGAGAGCUCCUUCAUGACGAGGAGAAGGUUCAAUUGGUUAUGAUCAUGUCGAUGACAACCUCUCCAACAAGGUCUUGCUUCUUCAAGAAAGCUCUCUAGACAAGCACGUCAUUACCGCAAGCUCUUCAAGGCCUCGUUUGCGUGCCUCCGUUCAAGGUCCAUCUCGUCUCACCUCGUCGAUGACUGCUCUUGUUGCGACAGAAGCCUUGAGAUCGUGCGGGUUAACGCCGAGCAACAGUCAUGUGAUUUACUAGGCACAAGUCAACGCCAAACAACAAUGUAAGUUCAAGCUCGUCCGGUACACCGCCGAGAAACAGAGGUGAUCAUGUGAUCUCGGCACCCGGUUUCUUAUGGCUUCAUCACCAUGACGUCUUCAAAGCUCCAUCAACGAAGCUUCUUGCGGGCCUAAAGCUCCAUCACUUGCUCGACGGUCACGAGGCUAAAGGUCAUGCACGCACGUCAGCCAUCAAGAAGCUCGAGCUCAAGUUCAAGGAUCAAGAGGCUCAAGCUCAUGCACACUCCUAAGUUAUCUUCCUCACUAGGCCUGUGGUACUCUCUCGACGCUUCAUGCUUAACCUCCGCUUUGAACAUGAACCGGCAUACGAGUUUGUCAUCUCAAAAAAAAAAUACGAAGAAGAGGUUGCAAAAGGAAACGAGCUCUCAACAGUGAGGAACAAAGAUAAAGUCAUCAGCUUUGAGUUCACCGUCAUCUCAGCUCUGAUAAGAGCGAUCCAUUGAGAUCGUCAGCACAAAAUGUCAUCACGUCCACAAUAACUUCUUUGUCAAGUUACAAACAAGGCUCAUCCUCAAAGAUAAGUAUCUUAUAACCUUUAUGAGAUAAUUACGGUUGAUUGAUUUGUUGUUUGCAACCUGUGCAUAAUGAUUAGUAAUUGAUAAAUUACUAACAUCAUAUGCAAUAGCCGAGCAUUAACACAAGUUAAACUAUCGCUUGCUUAUCAAUUAUACAAAACUUGGCUGGUUCUUUUGGUUAACCUUGAUCUGAUCAUGCUUUUUGUUGUGAACCAGAGUUGAUUAGAUCGUUGAGCCAAAGAGAAUCAACAAGUGAGUGCUACUGUCAUGUCCUCAUGCUUGGAAUGGCGAUCUCUCAGCUACAAACUUGUCUGAAUCAGCACAAGCCGGCGCUUUCUUACGUCAUCAUGCCUGACGAACACACAAGCCAAUAACUUGCUCGGCACACACGAUCUCAACACGAGACUUCGGGUCGGCAAAGUUCGGUAAACUUAUUUUUACUAGGCACGAGUUUAAAUUCAACUUGCUUUAUAUUAGGCACAAAUUUGCAUUAGACUCACUUAUUGUUAGACACGAGUUUACAAAAACUCAUCUUUGACAAGGCAUGAGUUUACAGAAACUCUCCUACUACUAGGCACGAGUUCUCAGUAAAUUCGCCUCUGUCUCAGCAUGAGUCAAGUAAACUCGUCUUUCACUAAGCACGAGUUUAAAGCAAACUUGCCUUUUACUAGGCACAAGUUCGAAGUAAACUCGCCUAAACCAUCAUAGGCAUGAAUGUGUCUAGUUUAUUGUCUAAUAAACCCUAUUCGUAAAAUUCACAGAGAUCGACUUCAUCUCUCUCUACGAACUUGGGGGGACUUAUUGUUGGGGGUAGAUUUACAUUCUACCUCAAGGCCCAUUAGACAAUAAAUUAGACCCAUUUUACUAUGAAACUCUAGUCAUCUUUCUUCUAUAAAUAAGGAAUUAUCUCCUUAUGACGGGGGGUCUUCUUCUUCAUUUUAGACUUAGAACACUUCUUACAAAGGGUUUAUGAAUUAUUAGAUUUAUUUACACUUGUAAUCCUACAUGUAAUACAAUCUUAAAUCAAUAAACUCUUUUGAUGUUCAUUUCU